AUGCAUUGUCUCUCUGCAAAAGUUUUAUUAGAAAAUUUCGAGAAGUUGAUAAAUCUCUUGAACUCGAGUAACAAUCCUUUCCCAUUUUUCCAAAAAGCUCGUGUUAGAGCCUCGUUAGCUUGGUCUUUUUUGUCUGAUCCAACCUCUAAGGCAAGGUACGAUAACGCUAUGUCCAACGAAGACAACCAAAGCGGUGACAUAACCAAUGAUAGUGGUCUUUGCGGAGAGGGUAGCAAAGGUGAAGUGGACACAAGAAAACGAAAGGCGGAUAGUCUCAGUUGUUAUGAUUUGCCAGCAUCAAAGUACUUUAAAAAGUUUAAGGAAACGGAAGAAAAUCCCUUGCCGCCGGCGGAGAAACAACUGGCUUCCUACAAUGUAGUUCCAUCGAAAGACACUUCCUCUGUCCCGGAGAAAGACAAUGUUGGUCCUGGACCUGACGAUGAGGUUAUAGUUAUUUCUGAUGACGAUGAUGAUGAAUACGAGCGCCGAACAUCGAAAGUACGCAUAGUUAAUGGAAGGAAACUGAAAUUUAUACCAUUGAAGAAGAAGCAAAAAUAAGGACAAGACUGCUGAAGAUACAGAUCUCGACAACAACGAGCUGAUGGACAUCAGGGAGCUGCUUUUUAAAUACAAUAAACUGAGGUUGUAAUUUCAUUUUUCUCUAUAUCUUUGUAUUACAUCUUCUUCUUUUAAUUUUUACUGUUAAAUUUUCUUGUCUUAAAUCUCAAACUUUUAUUAUUGUUACUUUUUAUUUCCUCUUGGCCAUUAGUUAUUUCAUUGUAAUCUCGUGCAUGCUUAUUUCUCAUUAAUAACCAUCCAUUUUGUUACUUUUAGUAUAUUCUCCUUCUUUCGGCAUAUCAACAUUCCCUCCAUUUUUUUACUUCUGCUUCUCUCUCUGUCGUCAUGGUUUUACUUCACGAUGUAACUCUCUCUGUUACAUCCUCUCUCAUCAAUCAAAAUUCAUCUCUUUAUUUUCCUCCAUUCUUCUAAACUUGGUCAAAGUAAAAGGCAUAUAAAUGUGUUAAUUUAUGGGCCUCAGCCAAUUCUCAUCAGGCCUAAAUCCUCUUUGAAGUUAUUACAGUUGGCCCAUCUCCUUACCUGCAAAAUGAAAUAGAGAGAAAGUUAGGGUUUGCAUAUAAAAGGUUAGUCGCUUGGUAUCCAAGAAAGAUUGAGGCGUAUCCUUUAAGUUCCAGAACAGAGAGGGAGAGAGUUGCACUGUUUAGAGUGUUGUGUAUUAGUUCGACAAAACAAAACAAAAAAAGUGUUGUGUUUUCUCGAUUGAUUUUUAGAAUGUUAUAGAGCAACCACUACAAAUGGAACUUUAAUGAGAGAUUGUUGAAAAUUGUUAAGUCAAUCUUGAACAAAUAAACUUUUGAACAAUACUUAUAAUUACUGCUAAACUUAUUAUUCAAAAUGAUUUAAUUUUUUGUAGAAAAUCUCUCAAUAUAGUCAAAACUUUAAAUAUAUUUGACUAUGAAAUGAAUAGAAAAUAUUUAAU